AUGUCACGAGCUAUCACCAUCCUAUACGGCUCUGAAACGGGAAAUGCACAGGACUACGCGCAAAUCCUUUCAAAACGUCUCCGCUUCCUCCGCUUCGCCACUACGGUUUCCACGUUGGGCGACUAUGAUGUGCGCAAAUUGCUCUCCACCGGUUUACUCGUUGUCAUAUGCUCCACCACAGGCCAGGGCGAACUUCCGCGUAACUCCAAAGCAUUUCUUCGCUUCUUGUUGAAGAAAAAGCUCCCCGCGGACUUGCUCAGUCACCUUUCCUUCACCAGUUUCGGGCUAGGUGACUCAUCGUAUGUCAAGUUCAACUAUGCCGCCAAAAAGCUCCACAAUCGCUUGCUUCAGCUCGGUGCGACCGAGUGCAGUCCACGUGCCGAGAGCGAUGAACAGUCGCCGGAAGGCACCGAUGGAUAUUAUUCCGAGUGGGAGGCCAUCCUCCUCGCAAACUUGAACGAGCAGUAUCCUUUACCGCCUGGGAUUGAGCCCAUUCCUGAGAUUGAAAUUUUGCCGCCAACUAACCCGGUGGAGAUUUGUGAAACUGAUAAUUUCAAUGAGCUUUUAAGUGAAAAAUCCCACUCGUUGAUCCUCGGCGAGAUUGUGCGCAACGACCGAAUCACCGCCAGCAAUCAUUUCCAGGAUGUCCGCCACCUUGUAAUCCACGACACCAGUGGAUCCUUAGAUUUCCAGCCUGGUGACACAGUGGGUCUCUACCCCACUAACGACCCCGUGGAUGUCUUCAAGCUCAUUGAAAACCAAGGAUGGGAGGCCAUCGCAGACCGGCCGUUGCGGAUCCAGCACGAGGUGGCGCACAUUGAGGGCGGAUUGAUCAACAACUUGACCCUCCGCACACUCUUGACCCACCAUUUAGACAUCAUGUCGGUGCCCAGGCGGAGCUUUUUCUGGCUUGCGUGGCACUUCUCGGAUGACGAGCGUGAAAAGGAAAAGUUGCACGAGUUUUCCGACAUCAAGGAGGCGGAGGAGCUCUUUGACUACGCCAACAGACCCAGACGCUCGAUUUUGGAGACCAUCUUGGAGUUUAGCUCGCUCAGAAUCCCCGUGGAGUACCUUUUUGACUUGAUCCCUACCAUCAAACUUCGUCAGUUCUCUAUCGCCUCGCAGCCCGACCCCAACCGUGUGGAGUUGGCCAUUGCGCUUGUGGAGUACAAGACCAUCUUGAGGCGGGCCAGAAAGGGUGUCUGCUCCAGCUGGGUAAAAACUCUCAACGUGGGGGAUCGUAUUGUGUUUUCCGUCCACAGAUCCCAGUUGAAGUUUGGUGAUACCCAGCCGUUGGUGAUGGUGGCUCCCGGUACUGGAGUUGCACCGAUGAAGAGCUUAAUCGAGUAUAAAGUCGGCCUCUCCCUCGCGGAAGUUGUACCUCAAAAGUUAACCCUCUUCUAUGGUUGUCGUUUCCACGACAAGGACUUUUUGUUUGGGACAUACUGGAAGCGGUUGGCAGAAGAGCAGAAGUUGGAGCUCAGCACGUCGUUUUCGCGUGAAAAGGGUGGCUAUGUGCAACACGCGCUCUAUAAGCAGCGGAAAGCGGUUUGUGAGCAGAUUUUGGCCCAGAAAGGGAUCAUUUUCAUAUGUGGAUCCAAUGGAUCUAUGCCGCGCGAGGUGCGAAUCACUUUCGAGGCUAUUCUCGAGGAGGAGGGCAAAAUGUCCAAGGAAGAGGCAAGGAAAUAUAUUUUGCAGAUGGAAAACGAAGGAAGAUAUAUCCAGGAGACGUGGUAA